AUGUCGAGUGACCUGCAGGAACUGCUCGUCGAGCAAUCUGCCACGAUCGCUUCGAUCAAGCGAGUACUUUCCAAUUUUAAAAAACUUGGCAAGGCGAACGUCACCUUAUACAAGGCGAAGAAUCGACUGGAAGGCCUGGAGACCUUAUGGGAGAAGUGUCAACAGCUGAACGUCCGGCUUCUCCUCGCAGCAUCACCCGAGGAACAACGAACGAACGGAUACUUCACCGCAGAGGUCUUCUUCGAGGUUGAGGACGUCUAUCACGAAGCCGCGGACUAUCUCGCUGAUGUAAUCGGUAAAUUCACUCGAUGCGAGUCGAACGCGGCUCACUCGGUAAGCGACACCUCUAUACGGGAACCCUCUAUUGCGUUGCAAUUACCUCGUAUAUCUCUGCCGAAAUUUUCCGGUAAUCUAACGGAGUGGGGAAAUUUUCGCGGAAUCUUCGAGUCACUUGUUGCCUCUAAAGAAACGCUAUCGAACACUCAAAAAUUACAUUACCUAAAGACGAGUGUUACGGGCGAAGCCGCGUUAUUGAUAAAUCAUAUCCAGAUAACAGACACGAGUUACGACGCUGCGUGGAAAUUACUUGUAGAUGAGUACGAUAACCAAUACGCUAUCAUCUUUGCGCACAUUCAAGCCUUUGCAGAGCUGCCGAUUAUGAAAACGGAAACUGCUGCCGAUCUUAAGAGGUUGCGAGAUGUUGUUGCCUCGUCAUUGGCUGCGUUAGAUAAUUUAGGCAGACCGGUAGAUCAAUGGGACGAUUUGUUAGUUUUUAUAAUCUCUCAAAAAUUUAGUCCACGCACGCGUAACGAAUGGAAUCUGUUACGCGGAAAAACAAGCGCUUAUCCGACUUACGAAAAUAUUCGUGAUUUCAUGACGUUGCAAAUACGAGGGUUGACGGAUCAUUAUAAAAAUAUCGAUUCUUCGCAAAAUAAAAUUAAAGGUUCUAACCGCUGCAGUUAUAAUCGCGCCUCUGUACACAGCGUGACCGCCGAUAAAUGUUUGAAUUGCCCCGGCAAUCAUCGGUUAAUGCAAUGUGAUGAUUUCAAACGUAAAUCAGUUGAACAGAGAAUUCAGCUUCUCCGAUCAAAUAAAUGUUGCUUCAAUUGUCUAAAGGUCGGCCACUUCCCUAACGAUUGUUCAAGUCAAAAACGAUGUAAUGUGUGCCGACGAGCGCAUCAUACGCUCCUACACCGGGACGUUAAUGCUCAAAAGACGAAUGUAAAUUCUGUCGCGAAUAAUGCGACGCUCAACGCUCAACCGUCUGCUACUGCCUCUGAGGCUCAAGACGAGUCCGCUGUUGUCUCUGUUCAAACGAUUAGCGCUCCGAUAAAAAAUCCACCGAAUGUACUGUUAGCUACUGCGUGGGUGAUUCUUCGCACGGUCGAAGGUCGUAAAUUUAAAAUACGUGCGUUAUUGGAUCAGGGUUCUGCCGUUAGUUUUAUUUCGGAGUCAUUAUGCCAAACGCUGCGCACGAAACGUUACCGCGCGAGAUUACUGGUACAUUGCUUUGGUGAACAAUACAGUGGCGUAGCGAAAGCGCAAGUACCGCUCAAGCUCGAGCCGUGUCAAACGCAAGGACCUUCUUUACCUCUAAAUGCUUUCGUAUAUCAAAAAAUAACGUCGUACGCGGGUUCUCGAAUAAAACCUCUCGAUUCUUGGCCUCACUUAAGUGGAUUAAAUCUCGCGGAUCCCGAUCCGUUUAGCAAUCACCCGAUUCAUCUGCUCCUCGGAGCAGACAUAUACGGCGCUUUGUUACUGCAUGACGUAAAGCAAGGCCCAAUCGGAACUCCAACGGCUCAGCUCACUAAACUAGGCUGGGUCUUAUCCGGUCCCACCGGAACUUCUACUCAAAGAACAGAAUCGGUUCAAACGCUAAAUUGCGUCCUGGACCCUCCGAUAGAUUCUCUGCUCCGUAAGUUUUGGGAGAUCGAGGAGAUUUCUUCCGACUCUCCGCUGUCGGAAGAAGAUCAAAAAUGUGAGUUGCAUUUUAAGGAAAGUCAUACGCGUGCCAACGACGGCCGUUAUAUCGUUCGGUUACCGUUCAAAACCGAUCCUCCGCUCGAGAUCGGUUCUUCAUACGAAAUUACCGCGCUUCUAUAUUCUAAAUUAGAAAAACGUCUAGAUCGAAAUUACGAUCUUGCCAAACAAUAUAACGAAUUCUUGUCGGAAUAUGAAACAAUGAGUCAUAUGGAGGCCGUUACGGAUGACGAUAAGCCACGCUUUUCUCCGGUUUAUAUCCCGCAUCAUCCGGUGCUCCGCGAGUCCAGCAGUACAACGAAACUUCGCGUCGUAUUUAACGCGUCGUGUAAAACUAGUAACGGCUCUACGUUAAAUGAUUAUCUGAUGACCGGACCUAAGUUACAACGCGAGUUAGCCUCUAUUAUCCUGCGAUGGCGACAAUUCCGCUACGUGUAUACAGCGGAUAUUGAAAAAAUGUUCCGACAGAUUCGCGUUCAUCCGGAUGAUACGGAUUUCGUACGGAUUCUCUGGCGAUCCGCAAAUGAUAAACCUAUUAAAGCCUAUCGAUUAUUAACGGUUACGUACGGCACUGCUCCUGCUCCUUAUUUAGCCAUGCGAGUUCUUAAUCAAUUGGCUCUCGAUGAAGGACAUGCAUUUCCGAAAGCUCAAUCCAUCGUUCAGGAAUUUAUAUACGUCGACGACGUGUUAUUCGGCGCCGACGACGUUCCGGAGCUCAAAGAAAGCCGCGAUCAACUUCAGUCACUAAUGUCGCGUGGCGGUUUUCACUUACGCAAAUGGGCUGCUAACGCGACCGAAUUAUUAGACGAUAUUCCGGCUGGCGAGCACGAAUUAGCUGUCGAACGAAAACUCGGUGAAGACGAUAUGUUAAAAGUACUUGGUCUCACGUGGAGACCGCAAGAAGAUUCGUUUUGUUUCCAAAUAGAUAUACCUACUGCCGACUUUAAUACUAAACGAACCAUUCUAUCAUUUAUCGCGAAAUUCUUUGACCCAUUAGGAUGGGCAUCUCCGAUAGUAAUUACCUCUAAAAUAAUGAUCCAAGAGCUGUGGAUCAGAAAAUAUGACUGGGAUUCUCCUGUAUCUGCCAAGUUAUUAGAGCCGUAG